AUGGAAUACUGUACCGUGGAGCUCUAUAUAAUUCUCCACCAGUCGAAAGAUAAAAUAGGCAGGAAGGACGUAGAUGAGUCAGACCAAGCAGGAGGAAAGGAUAAUCUUUUCAGAAAAAGAAGGGAAAGGACGAAAACUAUUGAAACAGCUACCACACCUCAGACAAACUUUCUCCAAGGCCCAAUCCAGGGGGGAGCCUCAGGUAAAUUAAAGCAGAAGAUUAAGAUAAUUCAUCCAAAAGAUGGAAUUAUUAGAUCAAAUGUCAACAACAUCUCUUGA